GCUGCGGCUGCUGCAUGUUCAUCUGAGAGGAGGGAGGCCGAGGCCUGGGCCAAGCCCGGAGCCGCCGCUCGCCGGAGCCUCCUGGAGCCUCCGCGCGGGCUCAGCUUGGGGUCGGGCUUAGGCCCGGCCCGCCGCGGAAUCCAGGACCCAGGCUGCACGCCCGAGGACCAGGCCGGACCAACCAUGGAGGAGGCAUCUCCCUAUUCCUUACUUGAUAUCUGCUUGAAUUUCCUGACUACUCAUCUUGAGAAGUUCUGCUCAGCAAGACAAGAUGGAACAUUGUGUCUGCAGGAACCUGGAGUAUUCCCACAGGAGGUGGCUGACCGACUGCUUCAGACCAUGGCUUUUCAUGGUCUACUGAAUGAUGGAACUGUAGGAAUUUUUAGAGGCAACCAGAUGCGCUUAAAGCGAGCUUGCAUUCGCAAAGCCAAGAUAUCUGCUGUUGCUUUCCGGAAAGCUUUCUGCCAUCACAAGUUAGUGGAACUUGAUGCCACAGGUGUGAAUGCUGACAUCACGAUUACAGAUAUCAUCAGCGGGCUUGGCAGUAACAAAUGGAUCCAGCAGAAUCUCCAGUGCCUAGUGCUGAACUCCUUAACUCUCUCCCUUGAAGAUCCUUAUGAGCGCUGCUUCAGCCAACUUUCUGGCCUUCGAGCAUUAAGCAUCACCAAUGUUCUCUUUUAUAAUGAAGACCUGGCUGAAGUGGCCUCCUUGCCAAGAUUAGAGAGUCUGGAUAUUUCUAACACCUCCAUCACAGACAUCACAGCUCUGCUGGCCUGCAAAGACCGACUCAAGUCUCUAACCAUGCACCACUUGAAAUGUUUAAAAAUGACAACCACCCAGAUACUGGAUGUUGUUCGGGAACUAAAAUAUCUGAAUCAUCUUGAUAUUUCAGAUGAUAAACAAUUUACAUCAGACAUAGCUCUUCGCUUACUAGAACGAAAAGACAUCCUACCCAACCUUGUCUCCCUGGAUGUUUCUGGGAGAAAGCAUGUGACAGAUAAAGCUGUUGAAGCCUUUAUACAACAAAGGCCCAGUAUGCAGUUUGUAGGUCUGCUGGCCACUGAUGCUGGUUACUCUGAAUUCCUCACAGGCGGAGGACAUUUGAAGGUAUCUGGAGAAGCCAAUGAAAUUCAGAUUGCAGAAGCAUUGAAGCGGUACAGUGAACGGGCAUUCUUUGUCCGGGAGGCUCUUUUUCACCUUUUUAGCCUGACUCAUGUGAUGGAAAAAACAAAGCCAGAAAUUUUAAAGCUUGUGGUUACAGGGAUGAGAAACCAUCCUAUGAAUUUGCCGGUGCAACUGGCUGCAAGCGCUUGUGUGUUUAACUUAACCAAGCAGGAUCUGGCAGCAGGAAUGCCUGUCCGACUCUUGGCUGAUGUGACCCAUUUAUUGCUCAAAGCCAUGGAACAUUUUCCCAAUCACCAGCAGUUACAGAAGAAUUGCCUCCUUUCACUUUGCAGUGACCGGAUCCUCCAAGAUGUUCCAUUUAACAGGUUUGAAGCAGCCAAGCUUGUCAUGCAGUGGCUCUGUAACCAUGAAGAUCAAAACAUGCAAAGGAUGGCAGUUGCUAUCAUUUCCAUUCUGGCUGCCAAGCUUUCUACAGAACAAACUGCACAGCUUGGUGCUGAGCUCUUCAUUGUCAGACAACUUCUUCAAAUAGUGAAGCAAAAAACCAAUCAAAAUUCAGUGGACACUACUUUGAAAUUUACUUUAAGUGCACUCUGGAACCUUACAGAUGAAUCUCCAACCACUUGCAGACACUUUAUUGAAAACCAAGGUUUAGAACUCUUCAUGAGGGUUCUAGAGUCUUUCCCAACUGAGUCAUCCAUUCAACAAAAAGUCCUAGGACUUUUGAAUAACAUAGCUGAAGUGCAAGAAUUGCAUUCUGAGUUAAUGUGGAAGGAUUUUAUAGACCAUAUUAGUAGCCUCCUACACAGUAUCGAAGUGGAAGUCAGUUACUUUGCAGCUGGAAUUAUUGCCCAUUUAAUAUCUAGAGGUGAACAAGCAUGGACAUUGAGCCGUAGCCAGAGGAAUUCUCUUCUGGAUGAUCUGCAUUCAGCUAUUUUGAAAUGGCCAACUCCUGAGUGUGAGAUGGUAGCAUACAGGUCUUUUAAUCCAUUUUUCCCAUUACUUGGCUGUUUUACAACACCAGGAGUCCAGCUGUGGGCAGUUUGGGCCAUGCAGCAUGUCUGCAGCAAGAACCCCUCAAGAUAUUGCAGCAUGCUGAUUGAGGAAGGUGGAUUGCAGCAUUUAUAUAACAUAAAAGAACACGAAAAGACUGAUCCCCAUGUCCAACAGAUUGCUGUGGCCAUUUUGGACAGCUUAGAAAAACACAUUGUACGCCAUGGGAGACCACCUCCCUGUAAAAAGCAGCCCCAGGCCAGACUAAAUUGAUAGCCAUAGGUAAUUGGAUAAUUGAAUCACAGGAAUUCUUUCUGUGAUAGGUUCAUUUAGAAUAUCAUCCUCUGUGAUAUUUUGAGGGUUUCUGACUAAAAGUCGUAAGAUCAAUUUGAGAUUGAUGAUGUACAGUACUGCCCAUAUGAACAGCCUCUAAUUUGUCUUGUGAUUUUUAACUUAAGAGGCAAGAAGGGUUUCUCCUUCAUCAUUGCCUUUUAGGAAGUUUUCCACAUCUUUCAGUGUUUGAACUUAUCUGUGCUUGAAAUUCUACAGUUUUAUGAUAAAGUUUGCACGAACCCUUAGACCAGAUUUUUCAGAUCUCUAAGUUCCUUCUAAUCAAUUUGCAGCUUCAGAUAAGCUGUUCUCCUGAUUUCUGGCACUGCUUCAGUUGUAAAUUUUAUACUGCUUCUGUAUAAAAUGCCUUUAUUCUGUGUCUGUGUAUCUUUUAUAAGAUGUCCUUCUUAGUGUGAAAGAAUCUGAGUUCUCUCCUUGUGGAAGCUACUCACUGACUGAAGCCUGAAUGGAUGGCAGAAAAAUAUAUUAAAAGAAAAGCAAUUAGUGGAGAAAAGAGUUUAAGAACUGGGGCAACAGUCACUUUCAUGGUAUAAUUUUUAAAUUGUGACAGCUGUCCUUCUGGAGCCCACCUCUUUGAGGCAGCGAUCAGUAGCCUAGAAACAUGGAAUGCCACUUUCUAUACAGACACUGGUUAGUCUCUAGAAAUAUUUCCCCAAGCAUCACAGUGUAUAAUAUUACAGCAUUCUGUGUUAAAGAUUAUCUGUCCAGGGCUCUAUGUGUCAUACUGUUGUGGAAAUGUAAAAUUUUAAAAAAUUGUCUUGUUAAAACUGGCCAUUCUUUCUCUUCUGUUUCAGUCAUUUUUGUUCUGUGGAAUAAAGACUACAUGCAAUGUUACCUGCUCAGUUAAAGUAUAAUUGAUAGCUGUAAAUUUUGCCCUAAGAAGUCAAAAAUUUUUUUGUUUCCACAUAAAUUUAUCAAAUGUUGCAGGAAGAUGUCGCCAUCUCACUGCCAAAAAUUAAGAGAUUACUAUUAAUAUAAAUAAUUUGAGUUGCAUUGCAUAAAAGGAAAUGUUUUUUGAUGGUUAUUUCUUAGACACCUGCCUUUCCUUUAAGAGACCUGUUAAGAGUGUCUUAUUUUUCCUAUUACAGUAAAGAAUCAGUUAUCUUUAUAUCAAUUAUAGCAGUUGCGAGGCAGUCAUCACCAAGAAACUUUAAAAAGAUAAAUUUUUUUAAAAGAAAUUUAAAUUUUUCAUUUUAAAUUUUAAUUUGUGGGUAAGGCUAAUCUACAGUCUUUAUUAUUCAUGGAUAACCAAAAUGUUUUAAACAGAGAUUUUAAGUGGUACCUUUUUUUAAAAAAAAAAAAAAAAAAAAAUUAUUUAUUUAUUUAUACAAGCACUGGGUACAGAAGCGCGGGAGGGUGAGAGAAUUCACCAGAGCCAAAGCGGGGAACAGAACAGGAAGAUGGACGAAAUACACUGCUGAGGGGAGCAGCAGGCACGGCAGGAGAGGUCUGUCACGCCAUGUGGGACCCUUGCCAGCAGCCGGGGAUCUAACCGGCGCUGCAGAGGCUGCGGGCAGCUUCGCAGUCCAGCACUCAACCGCUGCGCCAUCAGGGGAGGCCCUUAAGUGGUACUUUUAAAUAAUGGUCACUACUCAGAAUUAUUUUUAUUUAGAAAGGAGCUGGCUUAUUAGCAUGCUGAUAAGAUUUUUGACAUACAUGUUUUUACACCACUGUCACAAUAGUCAGGUUUCAAUUACUUGGAACACUUUCACAGGAAUGAAAACUUAAACUAAAAGAAAAUAGGUUUCUAGAAACAAAGAUAUUUAAAACCCAUAUUAUACUAUGGGUUGAUGCUGAUUUAAUUGAUUUAAGAAAUUUUUAUAAAAGCAACAUAAAUUUUCAGAUUAAGUCCAUUUCAGAGGAAAUGGAAAAUUCUUUUAGAUAUUUCUUCUUUUUUCUUGUCUUUUAAUUGUAAUGUCUAAGGUAAAAAUGCAGACUAUCAGACAGCAUACAAUAGCUUGGAAGUUGACCAUUUCCAGGUUUCUUAUGUUAGUUAAGGGAAAGCAAGUUGAGAAUUUUGGCUUCAGUUUACUAUGUCUCCUGUUUAAGACAAAAUAUAUGUUCCUUAUGAGGCUAGUUCUAGGUUUUUAUCUUUACAAAUUGUUUUCAGAAAUGGCUAAACAUGUACAGGAAGCAGUAAAUUCCUUCAUUAUUCAGAAUAAUAUCAACAGAAGAUUAAAAUUAAUAAAAAUUUUAAAUUAUUUAAUUUAAAAUUAAAAUCUAACUUAAGUUCAGCAAUAUUCAACAUUAAAUUUUAAAUUGCUACUUUGAGCUUUGAUAAUGGCCAGAUACUUCUCAAUCUUAAAAGCAAAAUAGUGUAUCACAUCCCAAAAUUGUAAAAAUUGUAGUGCCUUUGUGGUUGGGAUGUUUCUUAAGAUUGUGUAUCUAUAUCUAGUUAAGGCACAGAAUUGUCUGUAAGGGGUUGAAUCUGAUUAAAUUCAUUAGAUGUAUAUUUUGAAAUUAUAAAGCGUAACUGGUUAGCUUCUACAAUUAUAAUCUAUUAGGCCCCUCUUUUGCAUCUGUAUAUUGGAAUGUAAUAGUACUUGGUGCCUUCAAGGGUUACCUCUUCAGUAGCGUAGAGGUGCUAUAUCAAGCACAAUUUAGAUUAGGAUUGAACCACUCAUUGUUCAAAUUAUAGGUGUGCUCAGAUAUUUUACAAUAUCACAAUAACUGUCAGCAGGCAACAGCAAGGUUUAUAUUAAAGGAAAUGGAAUUAGAUUUUUAAAACAUGAUGAUGCAUGUUGGUAUCAUGGAGUGAAAAAUAGGAACAGUCUGAAAUUAAAGCAAAAAUAAUUGAGGCUCCUUAUCCUUUCCAUCACAUGUUUUGUUAUGGUCUUUAUACUGUAAAAAGUUCUUUUUUUUUGUUUGAAAAGAAACAGGAAUAGCGUAGUAUUAAGGCGUUAGUUAAACCUCUGGUGAAGUACUCAGUGGCUACUCAUCUUUUUUCCUAUUGGCUACUAAUCUUAGUAGAAAAUUUGAAAAAUCUUAUCAGACCCAUAGUUCCAAGAAAUGACCUUAAAUAUUGCUGCUUCUCUUUCCUGGGCAAAAAAUGCCAUUUAAUGACACUAGUCAAUUUAAGUAAAUUAUCCAAGGUGGAUGUAAACCACCCUAAGACUGCUAUAUAAUCAAAGACUGCUAAAUAAUCAAAGAUGCAGGUUUAAAACAUCAAUUCUGUAUAUUCAGCCUAGGAAGCUAUACUUAAUGGAACUUUGGAGUAGAAUUGUUUUUUCCCCAUUCCCUUUCAUUUGACUGUAUUUUCAAUUACGUCCUAUGUCAAGAUAACAUCUAGCACCUUUGAAGAACAUUGCAAUGAAAAUAUAUUUGUGUUAAAUUAGGGUAGAUUUAUGAGUCAUAGUUUUGGUUUUGUGUUUUUAAUGUAUGACCCCAUAGGACGUGUGGCAGUACCCAAAGUUCAAAGGAGAUCAUGAGUAGCAGUGAAAGCAAACUUACUGUCUUGUAUAUGUGAAACCUACCCCUCCCCUGUCUUCUAGUGGGAUGUUUACAUUAUUUGGUUAUUGUGCAACUUUCAUUUGCGGUAAACAGUGUUAUUACUAAACUGAUGGUAUAAAUUAAAGGCAGUAUCAUACUGUCAACUGAUGUGGGCAGCUUUAUCUGUGUGUUCUUUAUUCGGGAACUUUAUAUGGCUAGGACUUCAGAGUAUAGUCAUCCACCCCAUAACAAUGUUUUGGAUAACAACAGACUAUGUAUAAGACGGUUGUCCCUAUAUAUAGCCUGGGUUUGUAGUAAGCUAUACCAUAUAGGUUUGUGUAAGUAUAUUCCAUGAUGUUUGCACAAUAGAAUUGCCUAAUGACGCAUUUCUCAGAACUAUCGCUGUCAUUUAAGUGACCCAUGACUUGUAGUGUUCUGAGGCAGCUUAUUGAGAGGUUUGCAAACUUACGGUUUCCCUCUAAAAUUGAUUGUAGCUGAUUUAAAUGAUCGUUGAUACUGAAAGUUUAAUCUUUACAUUUGCUUUGUAUUACACAUUUUUAAUUUUUAGUGUUAACUCAUGAACUUUUCUUUCAGGAAUGAUGCAAAUUCAGCCUUUGUCCAGUGAUGAAAAUAGCAAUAUGAUAGGAAAAUUUGCUCAAUGUGCUUUAAAUGAGCAAUAACUAUCUUUUUCAGUAUUUCAUAGGCUUUGCAUGACCUGGUACACUCCUAAUUGUGCAUUCUUGGGUUUCCAAAUCUUAGCCUGACAUGUUCUAUAUUAGUCAAUUGGUAGCCUAAGAAAGUGCUUUCUCUGCCUGUUUCUCCUCUCCCCGAUUUGGGGGGAUAAAUUAUGGGAAGAUCAAUACUGUCUCAUUUCUCUGGAUGAAGAAAAGCUGUGACAGCAUAGCCAAACUUUAUAGCUAGACAGAAGACUAUUAAGAAUUCUAGAAAAUCCAGAUUUAGCAAAGUUAUUUGAUGCGAAAUCAUAAGUAGAGUUCGUUAGAAUGUGAUUUUGGACAUUUGGAAAACUUCAUAUUGGUUCUUUUAGUUUAUUUUAAUCAAUUUAGAAGGAAGAAGCUAAUUAGUUAAUGAAAACUGAGACAGUUGCAUACAAACAAAAUCUUGAGAGCAUUUUUUCCACUUACAAAUAGGAGAAUGUGUGUCAAGAUUUAUCUCACAUAAUCCUUCAAGAAUAAAAUUUUUUGAAUCCCUGACUUUUGUAGAAUCCUCACUGUCAAAUUCUCACUGACUUGUGAAUAAGCUGUUUUUUGCUUGUUUCCUGAUGGAAGAGUUUAACUCCACUCAAAUAAUAAGAAAAACUUAUUGAAAAGUUUAAUGUAUAUACAUUCCAAAAGCCUCUCAAUUGUCUGGACUGAAGGCUUUAUUCUUAUUAUGGCCAGAUGACUUGGAGUGUUCUGUACAUGAAUCAUGUUAGAUUUUAAAUCAGGACAUCACUUAGGUAUUAAUAUUGUGUGUACAGUUUUUUGUUUGGGAAUUUUUUUUGGCCUAAAUAAAUGUUAUAAAUUUUAUGUAAAGUGUUUUGUUUACUUUGAUUCCAGACAUUUGCGUAAAAUUUAGUAAUGCACGAUUCAGAUUCCGCUUUUAACAAUCGCUUAAUGAAAAAGGCCAAUAGUUUUGUUGCAAAAGUUUCCUAGUAUUGAAACUGUUCAUAUCAUUAAAUACCUAUACUAGGUACUGUUUUAAGUGUUGGAAUUUAAUGUCAUGUUACAGACCAGUCCAGAGUGCUUAUUAUAGAGGUAGAAGUUAUAGCUAAUGCAGGCUAGACACCAUUAAACAACCCAAGAACACUUACCAGAGAACAUCUGAAUUGACAAUCACAUAACUAUAUAAUGCAUAUUGUUUAAGUGCAUUUAGGGAGGGAGAUUAAACAACUCUACAUUAUGAGAACUCUUGCGCCAGGAAGAAUAAGUGAUUUUAGUUUCAGAAAUGUUUAUAGUAGAAGAAAAAAACUCAGGCCAAAUGAACUUGCUCAUGUCACACAGCAAUGAUAGACUCUGCACUACAAUUAUCAUUUUCAGACUUCCAAUCCAAUCCAAUCCAGUAGCUCCCACCCCCACCAUAUUGUUGCAUGAGGUUUUUUUUUAAUAUUAGUCAAUGUGUGAAUAAGCAUCAAGUGAAUAAGAGAAGAGAAGGUGCACCAAAUGGUCAGAGAAGUAAAAAAAAAAAGCCCAUGAUUAGUCUUAAGGAACCAUUUCCCUAGUUAAUUUGGUUCCCGGGAGCAAUAUCUCUUUUUUCAAGUUCACUACUAUCCAUUUGUUAAAUUUUACUCAUGCUCUUUCACAGUCCUCUUAACUCCAAGCUGACCCUUUCAGGUUUAAGAGUGCUGACAGUUUGUGCUUCUUUGUGAUUCCAAUUCUUUUAUUUCUUAGGCGGAUCUCUUUACAUAAUAAAGGUUUUACUGCUGAUGACUACAAUGGGAGAAAUAAACAGAACCAAGACUUGUGAUAUAUGUAAAUCACAAAUCUUAAGAACUAGUGAUGGAGGCUAAGAGUAGAAAAUUUAGGAUGGAGGUUUCACAAGGCCAAAAACUGGAGGUGGGGGUAGAAAUGAUUAACAUAAUCAUUAAAUCAGCCAUAGAAAAGAAAAAUCCUUAGGUGCCAACUGCUAAAGAAAGUAUCUAGAGUUGCAAACCUGAGGUGGGGACAUGGAGUUUGAGGGCCAUUAGAGAAUCACUGGUCCUUACAAAUAACCCCAAUCAUACCCUAAAAGUGAUUGAUUUAACAGUAGGUAAUUCUACAAAGGAAUGAACCCUUAGUGAUGUUGUUUUGAUGAGAUGUUAGGUUCACCAGUGGGAUCCUUGGCUUACCUCUGAGAAAAGUUUGGCAAAAUUCCCUUUCAGCAGCACAGUACCCAAGGAGACAAGAUAUUUGCACAGACACAGGUGAAGGGUUACAUUUUAAAAGGACAGGUUUAUUAGGAAAAGGAGAAACAAAAGAGACACUUGUGUAGUCACAGGCGGGCAGUCUUGGAGGAGAGUUGAAUUUUGCCAGUGCAGAAAUUGUAUUGAUAGUGUUUUUUGGGGAAGGGGCCCAUUCAUUUGUGGAAUUCUUAUCUAUUGUUAAUCACUUUUAGGGCCUCCCUGGUGGCACA